AUGCCGCCCAUUUUGUUUUGUCACAGCGUUUCUCGCGUUGGCACAUUUAUUGGCAAACAAACCUCAAUAAAGUCAACAUGUAAAUUUUCAAAUGUGGGAGCUGAUACGUUUAAACUUCAGGAAUUUGCUGGAAAAUACCUCGGGAAUAAAAAGGUUCUGUUCACAGAAAGACUUGAAUUUAGAACGCCGAAAGAUUGCGAUGCAAUGCCGAUUUAUCGAUGCGUGGACUCGAACGGAAAUUUUUUAGAUGAAAAUGAAGAACCCGAAUUUACAAAGGAGGUUGCUCAAAAAAUUUAUAUGGAGAUGACCAAGUUGAAUACUAUGGAUAAGAUACUUUAUGAAUCACAACGCCAAGGCCGUAUUUCGUUUUAUAUGACUAGCUAUGGAGAAGAGGCAAGUCAUCUUGGCUCAGCAGCAGCAUUAGAGCCCAGUGAUCUAAUAUAUGGACAAUACAGGGAGACAGGCGUUCUUCUCUGGCGGGGAUUUAGUCUGGAUCAAUGCAUGAACCAAUGCUACGGAAACAAACUUGAUCCAGGGAAAACAAAUGCCCGUUCAUUAUGGCGAUGCUGGACUAAACUUUGUUACCAUAAGUUCACCUCUAACAACACAAUUACCGCAGGCUCUGCGUAUUCCUUUAAAUUGUCAAAUCCCACCAAGUCUUCAGAUCAGCAACGUAUAGUUUGUGUGUAUUUUGGAGAAGGAGCGGCCUCUGAGGGUGAUGCACAUGCUGCGUUUAAUUUUGCUGCAACAUUGAAUUGUCCAGUGAUAUUUUUCUGUCGGAACAAUGGUUAUGCAAUAAGUACGCCUACAUCAGAACAAUAUUCUGGCGAUGGAAUUGCCGGCAAAGGUAUUGGAUACGGAAUACACACAAUUAGGGUUGAUGGUAAUGAUGUAUUUGCUGUAUAUAAUGCAACAAAAGCAGCGCGUGAAUUGGCAUUAACAAAUUGUCCAGUUCUCAUUGAAGCAAUGACCUAUCGGCUUGGACAUCAUUCAACUUCAGAUGAUUCUUCUGCUUAUCGGUUUUUAUUUGAUAAAAUUUUACUCAAUUUUUCUUUUAGUUCCGCUGACGAGGUGAAAGAAUGGACCGAACUGGAUUUACCAAUUUUACGCUAUAGAAAAUUUUUGGAAAGUAAAGGAUGGUGGAAUAUGGAGAUGGACAAGCAAUGGCUUGGCAAAAUAAAAUCUGAAGUAUUGGAAUCGUUUAACAAAGCAGAAAAAGUCAAAAAAUUGCCACCUGAUGAACUCUUUAAUGAUGUUUAUGCCGAAAUACCAGAAGCUCUUAAAGUAAUUUUCAAUAAAUUUAAAUCUUUUAAUUUCACACCUUAAGAAACAAAAAACGGAACUUUUGAAUCAUUUGGAAAAUUUUGGAGAAAAAUAUCCUGAAUUGGAAAAUUUUGAAAAAUGACUUUAUUGUAUAUAUUUUUAGCCUCUGUGAUAGUAUGCCUUGCACAUUUUUAUUAUUAGUCUGUAUUUAAAAAUCUGAUUUUCGUGCAGUAUUUCUUAAAAUUAGUGCGUUUUAAUGGGACGAAACAGGGUAGGACGAAGUAAGUUAGGCCGAAUCGGGGAUAUUUCUUCAGUGGGACGAAUUAAGGCUUUUUGUUCAGAGGGACGAAUCGUGGAUGUGACGGGUUGUAGGCGCGCUUCUAGUCUGUUUGAAUGAGAUUUUAGUUGCUU